AUGGCGUCCUUCAUAACAACCAUCAAUGCGCGAUCAAAGGGCUCUUUUAGGCCAAGAACGGCACAUAGGGGAACUACCAACUACCAACUGAGGCAGUUUGCAGAGGCUACGCUUGGUAGUGGGAGUCUAAGGAAAGCAGUGAAAUUGCCAGAGGGCGAAGACCUAAAUGAGUGGCUUGCAGUGAACGUUGUGGAUUUCUAUAACCAGAUCAACCUUCUUUACGGAUCAAUUACAGAAUUUUGCUCGCCGCAAUCAUGUCCGGAAAUGAAGGCUACAGAUGAAUUCGAGUAUUUGUGGCAAGAUUCGGAAAACUACAAGCGGCCUACGAAAAUGUCGGCUCCUCAGUACGUUGAGCAUUUGAUGGCUUGGGUCCAGAGUAAUAUCGACAACGAGCAAAUGUUUCCUAGUCGAAUUGGCGUCCCUUUCCCCAAAACCUUCACUAGUCUCUUGCGCCAACUGUUCAAGCGCCUUUACCGAGUAUACGCCCAUAUCUACUGUCACCAUUACCCAGUGAUUGUAAAUUUGGGCCUCGAACCACAUCUUAACACUAGCUUCAAGCAUUACGUGCUCUUCGUGGAUGAGCACAAAUUGGCCAGCGGGAAGGACUUCUGGGGCCCACUGGGCGAUCUGGUGGAAAGUAUGCUUCGCAGCGACUAG